AAGCCCAACUUUCUCUCCCCUUUUUUCUUUAGAGUUUUGAAUAACUAAGUACGGUCUCUCUCUUUUAAUUUCUCUAAUAUAUUAUUUUAAAAAUCAGAACCAUACACAUUCAUCAAAUCCAUAUUAUUCAUGCAGCUGUUACAUUUUAGUAUACUCCCUUUUUAAGUGUGUUGUUGUAUAUGUGCUUAAUUAUAUUCCCUCAUCACAACCUCAACAUCAAUCUCAAUCUCAAUCAUGUUUCCAAAUCUCAAUCAUGCUUCUUCUUCCACUUUGAUUCUUAUCUACCUGGAUCACAAUCUUUAACCAAAAGCUCAUUUUAGUUAUAUAAUUUUUCAUAUCUAGAUGAAGAUCACCAAAACUCAUUUGGUUCUUCUUCAUCGUCGUCGUUCUUGAUUUUUUGUUCUCUUGGCAAUGGGAUCUACAACGAUCAAUACAAAUCUUGGUCUCACCAUCACCGUCUUCGUCUUCUGCGUCAUCUCUAAUUUACAUUCCAUGGUUCACUGCGCCAACAACAACAGCAUUGGAGAUUUGGACGAUCUGAUCCGUUCAUACGCGGCUAGUGCCACUACUAGUACUAGAAGAAGGCAAACAGGCUCGUUAUACGCGAUCUCACUCCCGUCGAAUCUUUCCGACAUCAAAGCAUCGGUUGUUACGGUCCGUAACAGUGAGUUUUGGAGAAAGGGAACAAACUUUAGUGGAAUUUUGAUUCCUCCGAUGGUUAAAACGACGCCGUACGCUAAGAGGAUAGCUUUUGUCUACGAGAGUUUUGGUAAUCACUCUUCGUCGGUUUACUUCCGGUUAGCUGAUAAUUACACGUUUGUUUCUCCGGUUAAUGGAUUCACCGGUUACGACGCGACCAACACGAAUGAUCUCAAGAACCUGAAUCUUUCGAUCAAGAGAGACGAUCCCAUCGUGAUCAAAUUAGAUCCUUACGCUUCUCGUGAUGAUCGUAGAGGAAUCAAAUGCAUCGUCUUCGGAGACAAUGGUUUGUUUUCGAGUUUCAGCAAUACGAUACGGGACUACGAAUGUGCCGCUACGAAUACUCAUGGGCAUUAUUACGCACUCGUGGUUCUAAACGAGAAACCUAAACCGAAACACGAACCGGAGGUGAGUAGGAGGAAUUGGUGGUGGUUUGUUUUAACCGGGAUUGGAGUUUCGGUUAUUGUUGUUGUGGUGAUCGUUGUUGUGGUGAAGUUGGUAAAGAAGAAGAGGUUAAGAGAGAUGGAGAGAGAGUCGGAGAAGAGCGAGACGAUCGGAAAUGUUUGGAUUGGUCGGAGUAGAAUGCCGUCGGCGACGAUGGUGAGAACUCAGCCAUGUUUGGAAUAUCAUGAAGAUCUUCCUUCUUCUUCUAAUAUACCUUGAUUUUUUUUUUUACUUUUUGAUUUUUUUUUUGGUAGUUUCUGGCUUAUAUGUACAGUAAGUGAGUUACAACAUUCAAAGUUUCAAAGUUUGUUUAUUUUUGAACUUCUUACCGUUUUUUUUUCUUUCUUAUGCAUGAGUAAAACUGUACGU